UGGAUGGAUCAAAAGUUCCAAGCUUUGUUUCUUUGUUUUCGUUGUUUUGUGUGGUAGAAACUCUAUGGAAGCAGAAGGAGAAACACAGUGGAGCUCUCUGCUAGUACCUUCUGUUCUAGAGAUCGCCAAAGAGAACACUGUUCCUCCGAGGUAUCUUCGGUCUGAACAAGACAAAACAGAGACUUUAGAUGAUUCUUGCCUAAGCUCAAAGCUCCCAGUCAUCGACAUGCAGCGCUUGUGUUCUGUCUCCGCCAUGGACACCGAGCUAGAGAAGCUCGAUCUCGCUUGCCAUGAUUGGGGAUUUUUUCAACUAGUCAACCAUGGAAUAGAUUCUUCUUUUCUUGAAAAGUUAGAGACAGAGGCUCAAGACCUCUUCAACCUCCCCAUGGAAGAGAAGAAGAAACUGUGGCAGAGAAGCGGCGAGUUCGAAGGGUUCGGACAGGUCAACAUCGUCUCCGAGGAUCAGAAACUUGACUGGGGAGACAUGUUCAUCCUCACUACUCAACCAAUUCCAUCGCGCAAACCUCACUUGUUCUCCAAGUUACCUCCUUCUUUCAGAGAAACUGUGGAGACUUACUCCUCUCAAGUGAAGAGCUUAGCCAAGACUCUCUUUGCGAAAAUGGCGUGUGUUCUUGAGGUCAAACGAGAAGAGAUGGAAGAUCUGUUUGGAGAUGUUUGGCAAUCUAUCAAGAUCAACUACUAUCCUCCAUGUCCACAACCGGAUCAAGUUAUCGGUUUAACUCCACAUUCAGACGCUGCAGGUCUCACGAUUCUGUUGCAGGUGAAUCAAGUGGAAGGGCUUCAGAUCAAGAAAGAUAACAAAUGGGUUGUGGUGAAACCGUUACCAAAUGCUUUAGUUGUUAAUGUUGGUGAGAUCCUAGAGAUCAUAACGAAUGGGAGAUAUAAAAGCAUAGAGCAUAGAGUGAUGGUGAAUUCAGAGAAAGAGAGGUUAUCUGUUGCUAUGUUUCACAGUCCGGGGAAGGAGACGGUGAUUGGUCCGGCGAAAAGCCUUGUGGAUAAGCACCAGCAGGAACGUUUGUUUAAAAGUAUGAGUACACAAGAGUUCUUUGACGCCUUCUUUGCUCAGAAGCUCAAUGGGAAGUCACACCUUGAUCUUAUGACUUUGGACCCCUCAUCAUGAAAACCAUGUUUCCAACUAAAAACAUAUGGAUCUUUCUUACAAGUCUGUCUCAUAUUGUAAUGAAGAGAAUCUUCUUGUUCUUCCUCUUGUCAUUUAGGUCAUAAUAAUACAAACACAGGUU